AUGGCCCGGACUAAGUUUAAGUGGCAAUUUAUUAUUUACCUCAGUCUCAUAACUUUGAAUAACGCAAGGUCACUACCGAUACUUCGACCAUUGACUUUACAAACAACAGAUAGUAUUUAUCCAAAUACAGUACAAGAGACGCCUAUUGAGGCAAUUCAAACUUUUACAACAGAAUCAGUAAAUAAUGUAAAAGAAGUACCCAGAAAUGGAACACUCGAUUUGAAAAAUGGAUCUCUGUUCAGAUCUAAUGUAAGACCGGGUCAAGAAGUAAGACGGUAUAGUGUUGAAUUCAAGAGAGAUGGUAACACUAUUACAGGAAGGGCAGUAAUUGACGUUCAACUAACUGAAGCUACAAGAAAAAAUGCAAUAUUAUUUAAUGCAGUACAACUAACAGUGACUAGUGUUCUGGUCGGCGUAUUAACAAGUGCAAAUGCAGUGGCAGCAAGCUUCAGACUAGCUAAUCAACAAUUAGAAAUUACGCCAGAUCAGUCGGCUACGUCCUAUGUUGUUAUCGUAGAAUACACUAUCCCAUUAAGGGAUAAUGGCUUUGGACUUUAUAUGGGAAAAUAUCAAGACACAGAUUACAUAGCAAUGAAUCUUCAUGCGACGAAUGCUAGGCGUGUUUUUCCCUGUAUGGAUGAGCCUAAUCUAUCUACAAUUACUACAUUUACGUUCGAAGAUAUGGGAUAUGAAACGGUACUUACAAAUGCCAUGCUAGCUCCGGAUAGUGAAACAACCUUCAGACCAUUAGAAGGACCGGCUCAUCUGUGGGGUAUGGUAGCACAUGAUUUCAGAAAUGUCGGUUCACCUGUGGCGAAUGUUCAUUUAUACGUCCGUCAAGGCGUUACAAAUCAAGAAGACCUAGCUUCAGCUGCAAUUCAUAAUUAUUACGUAGCUUUGAACGAAUGGACAAAAAAACCACACAACGAAAUAAUAGCAAAUCAAGAUGGAAGACUGCAUAUAAUAGCGAUACCUGAUGUAUCAAAAGAUUGGUACGCUUUAUCUACAGUAUGCAUUUGGGAACCUUUUAUUCUAAUGGAAAGAACCGGUUCUGUACUACAAAGGAAGUUGGCUCUAAUAAAUAUCGCUGAAGGAAUGUCGAAACAGUGGUUUGGAUACACAUUAUAUCCAGAAAACUGGCAACAUCAGUGGAUAAUCUCUGGUCUUAGCAGUUAUGCGGGUUACAAUAUCGCAAAAGACUUUCAAACAAAUCCUCAAGGUCCAGAUGAUACAUUAAUCGAUAUGAACGCGAUAUUUACGACGGAUUUCAUACAAGAAAGUCUUCUCCAUGAUUCCUUUUCAAAUGCUCUUGCCCUACAGCCAGCCGAUAAUAUCUUUGCAGAAAAUCGUAUAAGACUUCAUGUGUUUGGCGUUUUAAAAUAUAAAGCUCCAGCAUUGCUACGAAUGUUUAGAUUAAUUCUUGGUGAUGACGAAACGGAUGUUAUACAAGACGCUGCAAGAGCACUUCUAACAAGCAGGGCCUUACAACCUAUAAAUUUGCAAAACUUCUACGACGCAAUUAUGAGUGAAUUACCUGGCGAGAACUUGGUAGAUUCAAAUAUCGACUUUAUGGCAAACUGGUUAACUAAUAAUGGAUAUCCUCUCAUCAAUGUUAGAAUGCAUCAAAAUGGCGUGGUUGUGUCACAGCAACGAUUUAGCUUUUCCACUGUACCACAAGUAAACUAUUUAGUGCCAAUAUCAUAUACAACUAGUGCUGACCCGGACUUUGAUGAUAUUCAACCCAAGUUUAUGAUGGAAAAUACACUCGAAUUAAAUUUCCAAAUAGAAGAUGAUGGCUGGGUUAUAUUCAACUUACAAGGUCAAGGUUACUACCGCGUGAAUUACGACGACCAAUUGUGGGACAAGAUUAUUGCAGCGUUAGAAGACCCAGAGACGAGAGAAACAAUACAUCCAUUGAAUCGGGCCUCUGUACUUGAUGAUUCCCUUAAUUUGGCUCGAGCUGGAAGACUCGACUACGACAUAGCAUUCCGGAUUGCCCUUACCAUGGAACAUGAAUUAGAUUAUGCUGUGUGGCGUUCGUUUAUUAGAAACAUGGACUUUUUGAGAAAGCGUCUCUUUAAAUUAGAUGAAGGAGUAUAUGUAAGAAUGAUACGCAGAACGAUAACGUUAUUUGAAGAAGAACUUGGUUUUGAACCAAGCUCUGCAACUGAGCCGGCUAUGGAUAGUCUUACACGAGGUAUGGUGAUGGACCACGCUUGUCGCUCUGGGUACGAUCCUUGCAUCGCAGCUGCAGUGGACUUAUUUUACGAUCCCAAUAAUAACGGAGCAGUAAACCCUAACAUACCAAGGGAUAUAAGACCAGCAGUUUACUGUACCAUGGUGAGAGAAGGUGAUGAAGAUGUAAUAAAUGCUCUACGCGAACGAUUGGAAAUUGAACCUUCAAUUUACGAACGUGUUGUCAUAUUAGAAUCCUUGGCCUGUUCGCAAGAUGAGGACUUCAUUCCAGAAUUGCUUGAAGAAACUGUUAGUGCUGCUACUGAUUACACACCCGAGGAAAGAUUAAAGAUCUUCGCCGCGGUCGCCUCUUCGAGUUUUGAUAAUGCACGUCACGCGCUGGACUUUUUGACAACACGGGCUGGCGCGAUAAGGAAUAUGUAUGGCGGAGGAGAAAAACUUGACGAGGUCGUAUUUAUUAUGGCCGAUAAUAUUCUGAAUGAUGAGCUUGCAAGUGAUUUUAACAUUUGGGUAAAUUCAUUGGAUUCGAUAAGCAAUCUUGGUGAUUCGAGCGUAGCAGCCGCCGAAGCAAGAAGAAUAAUUAUUCAAAAUCAGCAUUGGAACGACAACCUAAUGGAGGAAGCUUACGACUGGAUCAACGCAAAUCAUGCACCAACAAUAUUGAUUUCUACAUUUUUACUUACUUUAUCUUUAUUUAUUACUUUAUUUAAUUAUUAAAUAACUUAUAUUUAUUUAAUAUAAAUG